CGUGGCCAAAGGCGGAAGUAAAGCCGACACAACAACAACAUAAAGUAUCAAUAAUCAGGUGAUAUUUAUGUCAUAUUCCAGGAUAUGCUCUUAAUGUGUGCAGCGGCCGUGGAUUGUUCACACCGCCACGAUGCUUGCAUGAACUGAGCAGCAGCAUGGAGGAGACCAGCAGAGAGGCGGUGGCCACAGCUGUGCAGCGUGUAGCAGGCAUGCUGCAGCGCUCUGACCAGCUGGACAAGGUGGAGCAGUACAGAAGAAGAGAGGCCAGGAAGAAAGCCUCCGUGGAAGCCCGGCUCAAGGCUGCCAUCCAGUCCCAGCUGGACGGGGUCCGCACAGGACUGACCCAGCUGCACAGCGCCCUGCUGGACGUGAAGGACAUCCAGAGCUCUCUGACUGACGUGAGCCAGGACUGGAGGCAGAGCAUCAGCACCAUUGAGAACCUGAAGGACGUGAAGGAUGCUGUGGUCCAGCACAGUCAGCUGGCCUCUGCUGUGGAGAACCUGAAGAACAUCUUCUCAGUCCCAGAGAUCGUGGGCCACACCCAGCAGCUGAUCGAGCAGGCGGAUUUGCUGCAGGCCCACAGGAAGCUGAUGGAACUGGAGAGUUCCAGGGACGAUCUCAUGUACGAGCAGUACCGCAUGGACAGCAAGAACACCAGCGACAUGCACCUCAUCUCCAUCUACUUUGAAGACGUCCAGGGGCUGUCAGACGAGCUGGCCAAGCAGCUGUGGAUGGUCCUGCAGCGAGCCAUGGUGACGGUGCGCCGUGACCCCACCAUGCUGGUGUCGGUGGUCCGCAUCAUCGAGCGCGAGGAGAAGAUUGACCGGCGCAUGGUGGACCGUAAGAAACAGACGGGCUUCAUCCCGCCUGGACGACCCAAAAGAUGGAAGGACAGAAUGUUUGAGGUGUUGGAGGGGACCGUCAGCACACGCAUCGAGGGCAGCCAGGCCGUGACCAGAGAAGCAGACAAAAUGUGGCUGGUUCGUCUUCUGGAGCUCACCAGGAAAUAUGUUCUAGAUGACCUCAUCGUGGUCAAGAACCUCAUGGUGCAGUGCUUCCCCCCACAUUAUGACACCUACAACAGGUUCUUCAGCCUGUACCACAACGCAGUGUCCAGUCGGGUCAAAGAGCUGGUCUUUGAGGACUUGGAGGCCAAUGAGAUCGUGUCACUAUUGACCUGGGUCCUCAACACCUAUAAAAGUGUGGAGAUGAUGGGCCACCCGGAGCUGGCUUUGGAGAGCAGCGAGCAGCUGGGGUCGCUGCUCCCUCAGGACGUGGUUGACGACCUCCUCAGCAAAUACGUGCAGACUUUCACGUCCAACAUCACCGGCUGGCUGAGAAAAGCCCUGGAAACGGACAAGAAGGACUGGCAGAAAGACACGGAGCCUGAAGCCGACCAGGACGGGUACUACCAGACCACACUGCCCGCCAUCGUCUUCCAGAUGUUCGAACAGAACCUGCAAGUGGCGGCGCAGAUCGACGGGGACUUCAAGGAGCAGGUCCUCAAGCUGUGCCUGAAACAGAUGAACUCCUUCCUGGUCAGGUACCGAGAGGAGGCGGUGCUCUACAAGGAGGAACACCUGAGAGAUCGACAGCUGCCUCAGUGCUACGUGCAGUACAUGAUCGCCAUCAUAAACAACUGCCAGACAUUCAAAGAGUCCAUCAACAGUCUGAAGAGGAAGUACUCUCAGGUGUGCCAGGCCACGGACAGUGACGCCGCCAUCGAGAGGACCCUCAACGAGGUGGCCAAGGAGGGAUGUCAGUUCCUCCUGGACGAAGUCUUCCUGGACCUCGAGCAUCACCUGAGCGAGCUGCUGACCAGGAAGUGGCUGACUGGCUCGCAUGCUGUGGACACCAUCUGUGUGACGGUGGAGGACUACUUUAACGACUUCAACAAGGUCAAGAAGCCCUUCAACCAGGAGAUGACGGGUGAGGCCCUGCGCAGGGUGGUGGUGGACUACAUCAAGGCUGUCAUGCAGAAGAGGAUCACCUUCAAGAACGCUGAUGAGAGGAGGGAGGGAGCAGACAGGAUGAUCAAAGAGGCUCAGCAGUUCAACUUCCUCUUCACCAAACUGGCUGCUGGAUCGGACACGGAGCGUCUCUGUGGGGCCAUUGUUGCCAUCGCUGAAGUCUUCAAACUCACUGACCCCACUCUGCUCUUCCUGGAAGUCACCACCUUGGUCUCCAAAUACCCCGAUAUCAGGGAGGAUCACAUCCAGGCGCUGCUGACGGUGCGAGGUGAUGCCAGUCGAGAAAUGCGUGGCAUGAUCAUCGGCACACUGAGUGAGAACAAAGUGUCAUACGGGGGGGUCUCUCAGCCCAUCUUCAGGGACAUCACCGUGCCCACCAUCACCAUGACGACCAUGACCUCCAUGGCAACUGCUAAGCUUCUCAAGUAACUCCAAUCAACACAUUUCAUCAAUAAUAAAUUCAUCGCUGUAAA